AUGAGAAGCCAGAAGCUGUGCAUUUAUUUGGGUGUAACCCGUUCCCCUGAACCCUCUACACAAGAAGGAAAACCCCGUGCUUUUGCUGGACGGCUUGGCGAUGGGAAAGCGUCAUCUUUUUCACGUCUUUUCGCGGCUAAACCCGCCCCUUUCAUGGCCCCAACCACUAAACCACUGAGUGGAAAUCCCGUCCUUUGGUCCGCUUUUCCACAAUAUCGUAAGAAAGGACAUGAGCAUCCAGGCUAUAUCCCUUCGGUCUUUGCCCCUGUCUUUGUUAUAUCUUUCAGGUAUUGGGGUUUUACCUACGGUAUCGACCAAAACUCUUGA